AUGAGCAAUAAUUCAUUAAUAUUAGGUCAUUUUAUUCCAUCAUCAUUUAUUGAACAAUCAACACCAAUUAGACGUGUAACAAGUACUAGUAGUGAUUCAGGUGAUAGUGGUGUUGAUCCAUCAUAUCGACAAGAACGAAAAAUAUUUGUUGGUGGUGUUCCAUCAUCUGUUGGACCAGAAGAAUUGGCACAUUUUUUUCAAUCUUAUGGACAAGUUGAAGAAGCUUUUAUUAUUUAUGAUCGAUUUAGUGGUCGACAUAGAGGAUUUGGUUUUGUAACGUUUACAGAUAUGGCUACAACUAAAUCUGUUUGUUCUACACGAAUUUUUAAUCUUCAUGGACGAAAGAUUGAAUGUAAACGAGCAUUAAAACGUGAAGAAAUUUUGGCUACAAAUGAAAAUGAUUCAAAUGAUUGUAAAUCAUAUCGUCCAAAUAAUAUUUGUCCAUCUCCACCAAUACAAACAAAUAUUCCAUUAUGUCCAACAUCGAUGCCAAUAUCAUAUGGACAAUAUCGUCAAAUACCAUCUGCUUUUAUUAAUACACUUGGGACUUGGAUAGUUAAUCCAUCAAUACCACAAAUGUUUCAUCCUUAUCAACAAUAUGCUGUAUUUCCAUUAUCAACAAUCAUGUGGAAUAAUCCAUAUCAACAAACAACAAUGCAAUCACCGUUUAUUCAAGAAAUAAUGGUUCCAUCAUCAUCAUCAUCACCAUCAACAAUGAUGAAUUCAUAA